AUGACUCAGAACCCUCUGAGAAAAGAAACUCCUCUUCAUCUCAGCCUUAAAUUGACGCUUCUUGAUUCUGAGAUUGUGCCUUUUGAAUCUAGAGCUUUCAUUGAAAAACCGUUGCAAGAUGCUGAAGCUUUAGCAGGUGAAAAUGCAACUUUCUUUGUUGAACUGUCUACAAUUGCUCCUGGAAUGUGGUUCAUCAACGAAAAUGCUGUACAAAGCAAUGAGCAUUACAUAAUACAGAGAACUAAAAACACACACACUUUAAUAAUUAAGCAAGUCAGGUUGUUGGACAACGACAUUGAUGUGAAAUUUGUGGCUAGCAGUGCUGAAAGCAGUGCUAAAUUAAGAGUGAAAGCAUUGCCAGCGGUACCAGUGAGUUUCAGAAAUAAGUCAGCAGAGAAGGAAAUUGUUUCUGUGUCACAGAGUAGUACAGCUCAGUUUGUUGCUGAGGUUUCUGACAGAGCUGCAAAAGUAACCUGGACAAAAGAUGGCAAGGAGAUCAAGUCAAGCAAGAAGUAUGUAUUUCAAACUUUGGAUCACCGUCGCAUAUUGAAGGUCAAGAGUGUAACUUCAGAAGAUGCUGGGAUUUACGAAUGUGUUUGUGAUGGGAAUAAAAUGUCAUUUCAUCUCACUGUUAAAGAGACUUCUCAAUUUUUUAACAAAGAGAAAGUAGAACGCAAUGUUACUACUGUGUUUGGAGAGCAAGCAGAGUUGUUUAUCGAGACAUUUGACACCGAUACCAAAAUACAGUGGUACAAGGAUGAUAAAGAAAUUAAGCAAUCAAGAAAGUUUACAAUGGAAAGCCAGGGUAAACAACACAGGCUUUUUAUUUCAACUACAACAAAAGAGGAUGAAGGCAGUUAUACAUGUAAAUGUGGAGAAGACACUAUGACCUGGAAUUUGAAAAUUAUAGGUAUGGGUGUCAAGUUCAUAAACAAGCCAAAAUCUCCACCAGAAGUGAUAGCAAUAGCCUCAGAAAGUUUGGAACUGUCUUGUGAGGUGUCACCAGCCAAUGCUGUGGUCACAUGGAAAAAGGAUCAAAAAGAGGUUAAACAGGACCAGAGGAUAACCAUCAUCUCUCAGGGAACACAACGCAAACUUGUCAUCAGAAAAGUGCAGCAAAGUGACCAAGGAAAUUACACCUGCAUGUCUAAUGAUGACAGCCUAACAUUCCAAAUUAAGAUCAAAGAACCAGAAACUGGAUUUGUCAACAAAAAUUCAGUUCAGAAGGAAGUGAAAGUUCGACAAUCAGAAAAUGUUACUCUCAGCUGUGAAGUAUCACAACCCAAAACCGAGGUCCAGUGGUUCAGAGAUGGAAAACUCCUCAAUAACAGUGGAAAGAUGAAACUUGAAUCUGAUGGUAAAAUUCGAAAGCUUACUGUUCAGAAUGUGGAGUCAAAAGAUCAUGGUGAAUACAUUUGUGAGGCAGCUGGAGAGAAACUGACCUUCGACAUUCAGGUUACAGGCCGCAGCGGUGUCAGUGUGAUGAUGGCUGCAGUGUUGGUGGCGUGGACCGCGAUUCCUGGCAGCGGUGGCAGUAGGCCUGGACCCUGGACUGUUGGUGGCGAUGGUGCCUGGAACAGGGUUUCCUGGCGGUGGUACGCCCAGAGUCUUAGCAGUGUCGGCGUGGUGGCAGUAGCAGCAGAGUCGGGGUUCCCUGGCUGUUUGGCAUUGGCGGACGAAGCUGUUAUGAUAACCAUUGUUUGCAAAGAUUCUGUACAGGUGUUCCUCUUCAUUUUUGUGCAGCUCCGGGGUGUCAGAACUGACUACAAGACUCCUACGACCUCUUGGUAUAAGGAUAGCACCGAAACUAACAGCCAACUUGAACCAGAACCAGUGUUCGCCAAUAAAGAAUCAGUUCAGAGAGAGGUAAAGGUUCGAACGUCGGAAACUGCUAUUCUCAGCUGUGAAGUAUCACAACUCAAAACUGAGGUCAAAUGGUCCAAAAGUGGAAAAAUUCUCACUUCCGGUCAAGAAGUUAAACUCGAAUCUGAUGGUAGAAUACGAAGACUUAUUAUUCAGAAUGCAAAAUCAAAGGAUCGAGGCAAUUAUGUCUGCGAAGCAGCUGGAGAGAAAUUGACAUUCUUUGUUCAGGUUACAGAACCAGAAACUGGAUUUGUCAAUAAAGGUUUAGUUCAGAAGGAAGUGAAAGUUCGACGAUCAGAGAAUGCUAUUCUCAGUUGUGAAGUGUUGCAGUCCAAAACUGACGUCAAAUGGUUUAGAGAUGGAAAACUACUCACCACCAGUAAAAGGAUUAAUCUUGAAUCCAGUGGUAAUCUUCGAAAACUUAUCAUUCAGAAUGUGGAAUCAAAAGAUUUAGGUGAAUACGUUUGUGAAGCAGCUGGAGAGAAAUUGACCUUCAAUAUUCAGGUUUCAGAACCAGAACCAGAACCAGUAUUUGCCAAUAAAGAAGCUGUUCAGAAGGAGGUAAAUGUUCGAGCAUUGGACAAUGCUGUUCUCAGCUGUGAAGUAUCGCAGCUCAAAACUGAAGUCAAAUGGUCCAAAAGCGGAAAAUCUCUCAGUUCCAGUCAGAAGCUUAAACUUGAAUCUGAUGGUAGAAUACGAAGACUCAUCAUUCGGAAUGCAGAGUUAAAGGAUAGAGGCAGUUAUGUAUGUGAAGCAGCUGGAGAGAAAUUGACUUUUGAUGUUGAGGUUACAGAAUUGGAAUCAGGAUUUGCUAAUAAAGAUGCAGUUCAAAAGGUUGUGAAAGUUCAACAAUCAGAGAAUGCAAGUCUCAGCUGUGAAGUGUCACAUUCCAAAACUGAAGUCAGAUGGUUCAGUGAUGGAAAACUGCUCAAUUGGAGUAAAAAGUGGAAACUUGAAUCCCACGGCAAAAUCCGAAAGCUUAUCAUUCAGAAUGUGGAGCCAAAAGAUGGAGGUGAAUAUGUAUGUGAAGCAGCCAAAGAAAAAUUGACCUUCACCAUUCAAGUUACAGAAUUACCCAUCUUGUUUACAAAGAAGCUUGAAAAUGUAAAUGCUCUGUGCAGUAACACAGUUGAGCUUACAUGUGAAUUAAAUCAAGCAAAGGGUGACGUCUUAUGGCGGCGAAAUGGAACAGAAAUCAAACCAAGCCGUAGGCUAAAAAUACGAGCGGAUGGACAGAAACGAAGCCUGACCAUCUCUGAAGUAACUGCUGAGGAUGAGGGAGAAUAUCAAUGUGAAUCAAAGGACGAUGUUACAACUGCUAAAUUGACUACUAUGGUUCCAAAGAUUAUUAAGUUUGAAAGUGAACUUCACAGUGUAGUGGCUGUGGAAGGAGAGGAUGCCACCUUUAAAUGCAGUGUCUCUCAUGAAGAUGCUGCAGUCACUUGGUAUAAGAAUGGAGUCAAAAUUGAACCAAACGAGAAAUAUGUCGUAUCCUGUGAAAGAACCAAUCAUAGUUUGACCAUUAGAGACCUGAAACUAAUGGAUGCAUGUGAAGUUUCUGCACAAGUUGAAGAUAUGAAAAUAACUGCAAACCUUCAAGUUCAAGAAGCUCCAGCAUUAUUUAAAAAGAAAUUGGAGAACAUGACUGUCCAAGAAAAAGAUACAGCCAUUUUUGAAAUUGAACUCUCAAAACCUUGUGGUGAAGUUAAAUGGAUGAAAAAUAACAUCAUCAUUCAGAGUGAUGGAAAAAUAGAUAUUAAGGUGGCUGGAAACAAGCAGACUCUUACCAUUAAAAACGUGAGCUUUGCGGACCGUGGGAAUUACUCAUGUGAAACACUUCAUGAAAAGACGAAAGCAAAAUUAAAUGUUGAAAUGAGGAAAGUUAAACUGAUCAAAGGAUUGGAGGAAGUCAAGGUGCACGAGAAAGAGACUUGCACUUUUGAAGUUGAGUUGUCUCAUGAAGAUGUGGAAACGACCUGGCUGAAGGAUAGUAUCAGAAUGAAACCUGGAGCGAACUGUAGAAUUACCACACUGGGCAAGAAGCAUGCAUUAACUUUAUCCAAUUUGAAGAUUGAGGAUUCAGGGCUGAUUAGUUUCAAAGCUGAAGACAUUCGUACAUCUGGAAGACUCAUUGUAACAGAGCCACCAGUGACCUUUGUCAAAUCUUUAGAAGAUAUUAAAGUGCCGGAGAAAGAUAAAGUUGUUUUUGAAUGUGAACUCUCAAGAGCCAAUGCAGAAGUUAAAUGGUUUAAGGAUGAUGUAGAGAUUAAGCCAGGGAAAGGAUAUAGCAUUAUAUCAAAAGGACGGCAAAGGAGCCUUAUCAUUCACCAUUGUGGAAAUGAACACCAAGCGCAAUACACAUGUGAUGCAGUGGAUUGCAAGUCAACAGCCAUGCUUACGGUCCAUGGAAGGACCCAUAUUCUGCUAUUUAAAUCUGUAAAAACUGUAGAUGCUGCUGAGAUCAAGUUUGUUGCUGAAAGUGCGACUUCCAUAGCUUUCCUAAAGGUUAAAGAAUUGCCAGUUAAAAUUGUGAAGCCCUUAAAAGAGAAGAUUGGCAUUGAAAAACAUCGUGUUAUUUUUGAAUGCAAGGUUUCCAGGCCAAAUGCUGCUGUUAAGUGGUAUCACAAAGGCAAAGGGAUUCAUCCUAGUAAAAAAUAUGAGAUUGUGAGUGAAGAUGUGUACAGAAAGCUCAUAAUUAAUAAUGUGGCUUUUGAAGAUGAAGGCAGUUACAUAUGUGAUGCCAUUGAUGACAAAACCACAGCAAUGUUAUAUGUUGAAGAGCAAUCAAUUGCCAUUGUUAAGCAGCUAUGUGAUGUGGAAGUCACAGAGCCAAACGAUGCAAGUUUUCAGUGUGAGCUUUCAAUUGCUGAUGUAAAGCCUCCAAAAUGGAUACUAAAUGGUGAACUUCUUCACGCUUCUGAAGAUGUGGAGAUUGAGCAUUCUGGCACUACCCAUCGUCUGACUCUGAAAAGAACAAGUUGUAAGAUGACUGGCUUGCUGCAGUUCAUUGCAGGGAAAUCAAAAUCUGAGGCGAGGCUAACAAUUAAAGAGCCUCCAACAGAGGUAGUUAGAGAAUUACAGAAUAUUACAGUGGAAGAGAGGCUGUCUGCUACUUUGAGCUGUGAGUUUACACCUACUCCCAAGAUGGUCAGAUGGUACAAAGACCAGAGCUUAAUCAAAUCAUCUGACCGAUACAAAUUCAGUCAAAACAAGAACAUGACAGAACUCACCAUUUCAAGCCUCAGACCUGAAGAUUCUGGUGAAUAUAGCUGCAAAUCAAGUAAUGCACAGACCACAGCCACACUUGUAGUUGAAGCUUUGAAAAUAGAAAUCAUAAAACAUUUGGAAGACAUAGAUACUGAGGAAGACAGCAAUCUAGUUUAUUCAUGUGAGUUGUCUCAUGAUGUUGAAGAAGUUCAGUGGUAUCUAAAUGAUACUCCCUUAUACUCGAAUGAUUUCAAUGAGAUAAAGAAAAAAGGAAAGAGACACAUGUUAAUUCUGAAAGGCGUAACACCUGAUGACACAGGAACAGUUAUGUUCAAAGUGAGAGAUCUGACAGAUAAAGCACAGCUGAAUGUUCGAGAAAAGCCAAUAGUCUUCAUGAAAUCCUUGGAUGACAUUGUUGGAGAAGAGAGAGGAAUGAUCACUUUGGAGUGUGAAGUAUCGAAGCCCAAAGUGAAUCCUAUCUGGAAAAAGGAUGAUGUGAUUCUUGGUUCAAGUGACAAAUAUGAACUACUGCAUGCUGGAAAAACACUUUGUCUUAUAGUACAUGACCUGAAUAAAAGUGAUGCUGGAUUGUAUACUUGUGACAUUGGGACUGACAGAGCAAGUGCUAAAGUUGCCAUCCAAGAUUUGAACAUUGGAAUCACAAAGCGACUAAAGAGCAUAGAGAUUAAAGAAGGCGAAAAUGGAUCUUUUGAAUGCAUACUUUCUCAUGAAAGCAUUGAUGAAUAUUACUGGACUGUAAAUGGACUGUUAGUGGAAGGCAAUGAAAGAUUUGAGACAUUUAAUAUUGGCCGAAAAUACAUCCUUAAUAUUAAGGAGACAGCUCUUUCAGAUGCUGGGGAAGUAAUUUUCCAUGUGCGAAAUCUUAGUUCGAAAGCCUCAUUGGUAGUGAAAGAAAAACCAACAGAAAUUACAAAGCAACUCAAGAACUUGGCGGUGACCGUAGGUGAAGAGAUUGUAUUGAGCUGUGAAACCUCUAAGCCUGAUGCUUCAGUGAAGUGGUUUAAGGAUGGCAAAAGAAUUAGAAAGAGUCAUACAUAUGAAAUAUCUCAGCAAGGAACUGUAAACAAAUUGAUAAUUCGUCAAAUCACUACGAAGGACUCGGGAGAGUAUGCAUGUGAAACAGAGACUUCUAAAACCAGAGCUACUAUCACUGUAAAUGAGAUGGUAAACCGAUUUACCAAAGAAUUACAUGACAUAAAAACUGAAGAAAAAGGAACUGCUGUUUUUGAAUGUGAAACUGAACAGCCAGCACGAAAGGUUGUCUGGAGAAAGGGAAUGGCAGAAAUCAAACCAAACAAGAAAUAUGAAUUGAACCAGGAUGGCAAUUUAUUAAGCCUUACAAUUAAUCAUCUCGAGAAGAUCGACAGUGACCACUACACUUGUGACAUUGUGCAUCACCAAUCAAGGGCUCAGUUGACAGUUACAGCCCUUCCGGUACUUUUCAAACAAGCUCUUCAGAACAAGGAAGCUGAUGAAGGUAGCACCACUACACUACGGUGUGAGCUUACUAAGCCUGAUGCUCCUAUAGAGUGGAGAAAGGGGAUUAUGGUGCUUCAUCCCAGUGAUAAGUAUGAAAUAAAGCAAGUGGGUUCUAUUGCUGAACUGUCAAUCUGCAAUCUGAAACAAGAAGAUGCUGGAGAAUAUAUGUGUGAUUCAGGUGAUCAACAGACCACAGCUUUGCUUAAAGUGAAAGUUGAAAAUGUACAACUAUUAUCUCUUUUAGCCCUGCCUGUGCACUUCAAAAAAGAGCUUCAGAAUAUGGAAGCUGAGGAGGGAGAUACUGCCUCACUUCGCUGUGAACUCUCUAAGGCAGAUGCCCCAGUGAAGUGGAGAAAAGAAUCUAUUUUACUUCAUCCAAGUGACAAACAUGAAAUGAAGCAAGAAGGUUCCAGUGUGGAAUUGCUUAUUCAUAAUUUAAAGCUAGAUGACUCAGGAGAAUAUACUUGUGAUUCUGGUGACAAGAAGACAAAGAGCUGCUUAAAAGUGAAGGCCUUGCCUGUACUCUUCAAACAAGGGCUUCAGAGUAACGAAGCCGAAGAAGGCAGUUCGGUGUCUUUGUGUUGUGAAAUUACUAAACAUGAUGCUCUUGUCCAAUGGAAAAAGGAAUCUUCAGUACUUCAUUCAAGUAACAAGCAUGAAAUGAAACAAAAAGGUUCCAUGAUUGAGUUGAUUAUUCACAACUUAAAACCAGAAGAUGCUGGAGAAUAUAUCUGUGAUUCAGGGUUUCAACAGACCUCAGCCACCUUAAAAGUAAAGGCCUUGCCAGUACUUUUCAAAAAAAAAUUUCAUGAUCAAGAAAUUGAAGAAGACGGUUCUGCCAGUUUGAAAUGUGAGGUCACCAAGCCUGAUGUAGCAGUGAAAUGGAGAAAGGGAUCAAUAUUGCUUCAGCCAAGUAACAAGCAUGAAAUGAAACAAAAAGAAUGCUACGUUGAAUUACUCAUUCACAAUAUAAAAUUAGAAGAUGCUGGAGAAUAUACCUGUGAUUCUGGAGAUCAACAAAUUACUGCCUCCUUAAAAGUGAAAGCCCUUCCUGUACUUUUCAAACAAGAACUUGAGAACCAGGAGGCUGAAGAAAAUAGUACUGCUGUUCUCAGCUGUGUCAUUACAAAACCAGAUGCCCCUGUGAAAUGGAGGAAAGAAUCUGUGGUACUUCAUCCCAGUGAGAAGCAUGAAAUGAAACAAAAAGGUUCCUAUGUUGAGUUACUUAUUCACAGCCUAAGUGCUCAGGAUGCUGGAAACUACACAUGUGAUACAGGGGAUCAACAGACAAUGGCAAAUCUAAAAGUAAAAGUCCUUCCUGUGAAUUUCAAACAAGAGCUACGGAGCCUGGAAGCUGAAGAAGGUAGUACUGCCAUUCUGAACUGUGAGAUUUCAAAACCUGACGCCCCAGUGGAAUGGAGGAAAGAAUCAGUGGUACUUCAGCCCAGUAAGAAGCAUGAAAUGAAGCAAAAGGGUUGCUAUGUUGAAUUACUUAUUCAUAGCCUAAGUGCUCAAGAUGCUGGAAAAUAUACAUGCGAUACAGGAGAUCAACAGACAGUCGCAUUCCUAAAAGUAAAGGCUCUUCCUGUACUUUUUAAACAAGAACUUCAGAAUCAGGAAACUGAAGAAGAUAGUACUGCCAUUCUGAACUGUGAAAUUACAAAACCGAAUGCCCCAGUGGAAUGGAGAAAAGGAUCUGUGCUACUUCAUCCCAGUGAGAAGCAUGAAAUGAAGCAAAACGGUUCCUGUGUUGAGUUACUUAUUCAUAACUUAAAAGCUGAAGAUGCUGGACGAUAUAUAUGUGAUACAGGGGAUCAACAGACAAUGGCGAUUCUAAAAGUAAAGGCCCUUCCUGUGCUUUUCAAACAAGAGCUUCAGAAUAAAGAAGCUGAAGAGGGCUGUAUGGCCAUUCUGCAUUGUGAGAUUUCUAAAUUGGAUGCUCCAGUAGAAUGGAGGAAAGGAUCUGUGGUACUUUAUCCCAGUGAGAAGCAUGAAAUGAAGCAAAUAGAUUCAUGUGUUGAAUUACUUAUUCAUAACCUAAAAGUUGAAGAUGCUGGAAAGUACACAUGUGAUUCAGGAGAUCAAAAGACAACUGCAUCUUUAAAUGUGAAGGUUCUGCCUGUGCUUUUCAAAGAAGAACUUAAGAAUGCGAAUGCUGAAGAGGAUAGUACAGCUAGUCUUCAUUGUCUGAUCAGUAAACCCAAUGCUCCAGUGAAUUGGAAGAAGGGAUCUCUGCUACUUCAUCCAAAUGAAAAGUAUGAAAUGAACCAAAAAGGUCCGUAUGUUGAGCUACUGAUUCACAGUCUAAAAGUAGAAGAUGCUGGAGAAUAUACAUGUGAUACAGGGGAUCAGCAGACCACAGCCUGCUUAAAAGUGAAGGCUGCUCCUAUACUUUUCAAACAAGGGCUUCAGAAUGAAGAAGCUGAAGAGGGAUGUACUGCCAUACUACACUGUGAGGUUACUAAACCUAAUGCUUCAGUGAAAUGGAGGAAAGGAUUCACGAUAAUUCAUCAAAGUGAGAAGUAUGAAUUGAGACAAACAGGUUCUUGCCUUGAGUUACUUAUUCAUAACCUAAAGCUAGAAGAUUCUGGUGAAUAUACCUGUGAUUCUGGGGAUCAACUGACCGCAGCCUCCUUAAUAGUGAAUGUUCUGCCUGUGGUUUUCACGCAAGAACUUAAAAACACAGAAGCUGAUGAGGGUGAUAUGGCCACUUUGUUCUGCGAGAUUACCAAACCUGAUGCUCCAGUGGAAUGGAGGAAAGGCAUUGUGGCACUUCAGUCAGGUGAUAAGUAUAAAAUGAAGUGUGAAGGUUGCUGCGUUCAAUUGUCUAUAUACAAUCUAAAGCCAGAAGAUCAAGGAGAAUAUACCUGUGAUUCAGGGGAUCAGAAGACUACUGCAUUUCUAAAAGUGAAUGUCUUGCCAGCGCUUUUCAAGCAAGAGCUUCAGAAUGUGGAGGCAGAAGAAGGUGGCACAGCUAAAUUUCACUGUGAACUUACUAAACCUGAUGCUACAUUAGAAUGGCGAAAAGGAACUGUGGUGCUCUUGCCAUGUGGAAAAUAUGAAAUGAAGAACUGGGGCCCCAUUGUAGAAUUGUUCAUCCAUGAUGUGGAAUCAGAAGAUGCUGGUGAAUACACUUGUGAUUCAGGCGAUAGACAAACUACUGCUUCUCUAAAUGUGAAAGCCUUACCUGUGCUGUUCAGACAAGAGUUGCAAAAUGAAGAAGCAGAAGAAGGUGAUGUUGUCACACUGCAUUGCGAACUUACUAAGCCUGGUGCUCCAGUAGAAUGGAGAAAGGGAUCCCUAACACUACGUCCUAGCAACAAAUAUGAACUGAAACAGGAUAGUGCCUUUGUUCAAUUAUUAAUUCACAAUGUGAAUGUGGAAGAUACCGGUGAAUAUACCUGUGAUUCUGGGGACCAGCAGACUAAUGGCUACUUGAAAGUUAAUGCUGCACCUAUAACCUUGCAAAAAGAACUGCAGAACAUAGAAGUGAAGGAGUGUGACACAGGCACCUUGUGCUGUGAACUAUCAAAACCUAAUGUGCCGGUUACCUGGAGGAAAGGAACAUUGUUGAUCUCUCCAAAUGAGAAGUAUGAAAUGAAACAGGAUGGUCCUGUACAAAUUUUACAGAUUCAUGACAUGAAAUCAGAAGAUGGAGGAGAUUAUUCUUGUUCAUUUGAGGAUCAGCAAACUACAGCUUUCAUAACUGUGAAAGUUUUGCCUGCACUUUUCAAGCAAUGGCUUCAGAAUGUGGAAAUAGAAGAAGGCCACACUGCCAUAUUGCGCUGUGAACUUACUAAGUCUGAUGCCUCAGUAGAAUGGAGGAAGGGAUCUGUGGCACUUCAACCAAAUGACAAAUAUGAAAUGAAACAUGAAGGUCUCAUUGUUGAGUUGUUAAUUCAUAAUCUAAAGAUAGAAGAUGCUGGAGAAUAUACAUGUGAUUCUGGUGAUCAACAGACCACUGCUGCUGUAACUGUGACAGAGCCAGAUAUAACGAUUGUUGAUGGUUUGAAAAACGUGGAAGUAGUCGAAGGUGGGGAUGCUUUGUUUGAAUGUAAAGUCUCUCAUGAGAACACACGAGAUGUUCAGUGGGUUCUAGGAGGAAUUGAACUGCAGAAUAAUGAAAUGAAUGAAAUUUCUAUUAAGCAUGGCAAUUUUCACACACUGAUGUUGAGGCAAGUCACACAGGAUGACUCUGGAGCUGUGACCUUCAAAGUUGGAAAGUACUCAUCUUCAGCACAGCUUACUGUUAAAGCUACUCCAACAACUUUCACUCAGCUGCUUCAAAACAUGGAAGUGGAAGAGGUCGGAACAGUAACUUUAACAUGUGUACUCUCACAAGCCAAUGUUCCAGUUGUAUGGAAGAAAGGAUUAACAACAAUUUUUCAAAGUGAGAAAUAUAAAAUCAAACAGGAAGGUUGUGUACAUAUGUUAUGUAUAUGUGACCUAAAAUCUGAGGACUCGGGUGAAUAUACCUGUGUUUCUGGGGAUCAGCAAACCACAGCUUCCUUGACAGUAAGAGUAUCAGAAGUAAAAAUUGUUGAAUGCCUAAAGGAUGUAACAGUUUUUGCUAAUGAAACUGCCGUGUUUGAGUGCAAAGUGCAUCCUGAAAAUUUCGCUGAUGUGCAGUGGUGGCUGGGUGACGUUCCUUUGCAGCACAAUGAAAUGAAUGAAAUAUCUGUUGAACAUGGAACAAUUCACACUCUGAAAUUAAAGAAUGUCACUGAAGAAGACUGUGGUACUGUAAGCAUUAAAGUUGGAAAACAUACAUCAUCUGCAAAGCUUUUAGUAAAAGGUGCUCCGCCUACUUUCACACAAGAGCUUGUAAACAUAGAAGCAGUGGAAAAUAGCACGACAACCCUACUUUGUAAACUGUCACAGCCCAAUGUUCCAGUCACAUGGAAGAUGGGCUCACGUGCAAUUUCUCCAAGUGUGAAGUAUGAAAUCAAACAAGAAGAUUAUGUGCACAUGCUACUGAUUCAUAACCUGAACCUAGAGGACUCUGGGGACUAUACAUGUGAUUCAGGCCUGAGACAGAGCACUGCAAUAUUGCAGGUGAAAGCUGCACCUGUGUAUUUUAUAAAGAAACUGCAAAGCCAGGAAGCUGAUGAAGGUAGUAUGAUAACGCUUCACUGUGAACUUACUAAGGCUGAUGCACCAGUGAUAUGGAGAAAAGGAUCCAAAAAACUUGAUCAUGGUGACAAGUAUGAUCUGAUUCAAAAAGGCUGUGCUGUUGAAUUGUUGAUCCACAAUCUGAAGAAAGAGGAUGAUGGAAUAUACAUUUGUGAUUCUGGUGAUGACCAAACAACAGCUACCCUGACUGUCAAAGUGUCUCAUGAAGAUGCUGCAAAUGCUGAGUGGUGGCUGAAUGGAACACUAGUUCAGAAUAAUGAACUCAAUGAAGUUAAAGCUACAAAUAAGAUACAUACCUUGACACUGAAAAACCUCACACCACAUCACUCAGGAACUGUUGUAUUCAAAAUCGGCUGUGAAAGUUCGGCAGCUAAGUUGGUGGUGCAAGAAAAACCUAAAGUUCUUUUCAAACAAAACCUCCAGGACGUAAAAGCACAGGAAGGAGGUAGAGCAAUUCUUCAUUGUGAACUUUCUGAAGAUGAAGUGGCAGUAACAUGGAAGAAAGGAUCAGAACCAAUUAAAUCUAGUAACAAAUAUGAAGUGAGGCAAAAUGGUCCUGUGGCUGAGUUGGUAAUUUCUGACUUAACGCUAGAGGAUGCUGGACAAUAUACCUGUGAAUCUGGAGAUCAACAAACUACAGCUUCCCUAAAAGUGGAGGCUGUACCUGCCUAUUUCAAAAAAGAGCUUCAGGACGAGGAAACUGUGGAAGGUCACACAGUCACACUGCGCUGUGAACUUUCUAAGCCCGAUGUUCCUGUGGAAUGGAGAAAGAGACUUGCAGUGCUUCAACCAAGUGACAAGUACAAAAUGAAGCAAAAUGGUGCCAUAGUAGAGUUGCUUAUCCACAAUGUGAAACGAGGAGAUGCUGGCAAAUAUACUUGUUAUUGUGGGAAUCUACAAACAACAGCUUCCUUAAUUGUUAGAGAAUGUGACAUAAAAAUAGUUUCUGGUUUAAAGAAUACUGAUGUCUUUGCUGGUGAGUCAGCCACAUUUAGUUGCGAACUUUCGCACAAGGAUGUGGAAAAUGUGCAAUGGUGGUUGGAUGGUGCACCCUUACAGAAUAAUGAUCUGAACGAGAUAUCUGUUCAAGAUGGAAGUAUCCAUACAUUAACGUUACAGAGCCUGGGAACUGAUGACUCCGGAACAGUGACAUUUAAAGCUGGGUCACUUAUUUCUUCAGCAAAAUUAUUAGUCAAAGAUCCAACGGUUGAGAUAGUAAGCGAAAUGGAAGAUAUCAUUAGAGAGGAACAUGGUACAGCAGAGUUUAUCUGUCAGUACUCCAGACCAGUCAAGGCUGUGUGGAGAAGAAAUGACAAAGAGGUUCAGGCUGAUGGUCAUCGCGUGAUUAUUGACCAGGACUGGAAUGUAGCAAAACUGAAAAUCUGUGAUGUCACCCCAGCGGAUAGUGGGAUGUAUACUUGUGAAGCAGCUGGAACAAAAGUUGCUGCAGUACUCAGUGUUCCAGCAAAGCAACCUGAUAUUCUACAAGGGAUGGAAAAUGUAGAUACAUCAGAGGGCGGUGAAGCUUUGUUUGAAUGCCGCUUAUCCAGACCAGAAUUACAUGAUUACAAGUGGCUAAUGGAUGACAUUGCCAUUUCACAGUCUGAAAAUGUAGAAAUAGCAAUCCUUGAAGCUGGGAAACGACACCUGUUGCUUUUGAAGAAUUUAACCCCCUCAGACAGCUGUCGUGUGACCUUUGUAGCUGGAAAUGCCAUGUCAUCAGCCUACCUGACUGUUAAAGGAUGGCACGUUAACAUUUUGAAGACUUUAAGCAAUACUGAAGUGGUUCAAAGCAAUGAUGCUGAAUUUGAAUGUAUAUUGAGUGAAGUGGUCCCUACUACUGAAGUGACCUGGUAUCUGAAUGAAACUGAUAUCCAAUCCGAUGAACAUUGGGAACUAAAGGCAGAGGGGAACACACACAAACUUACUCUAAAAAAUGCCCAAUUAAAUCAUUCUGGAGAAAUAACUUUUGCUUCAAGAGAUGCCAUUACAUCAGCAAAGUUAACUGUUAUUGGCCUUCCUGACCCUCCUGAAGAUCCAGAGGUCGUUAGAAAAAACCAUCAGUCUGUCACCUUGUCUUGGUUCACACCAUUGAGCGAUGGUGGUGGUGCUAUACUAGGCUACUUUGUUGAAAUGAAACCUACUGACAGCGACAGUUGGUUGCCGUGUAACACAAAAGUGAUUGAUGAGAUGGAGUUCACUGUUGAUAACCUAAAACCAGGCACUGGUUACAGAUUCCGUGUUUCAGCUCUGAACAGGGCUGGCGCCGGAGAACCCGUUCAUUUACCGCAGACGGUUCUGCUGGAGGUUCCCGUGACUGUCACCAUUCCACUCUCUAAUAUUACUAUACAUAAUGGGGAGUCUGGCAAACUGGAAUGUGAAUUUUCAGCUGAAUGUAUGAAUGUUAAAUGGCUAAAGAACGAUCAGCAAAUUGUGUCAAGCAGCAAGUACGAGAUCAUUUGUGACAGAAAGAAACACUGUUUGAGUAUUCACAAUUGUAGUGUUGAAGAUGAAGGGAAGUACACCUGCAUGCUGUCCUCAGAUAUUAAAACAUCUGCUGAAGUCUGUAUGGAUGUUGUGAUACAACCCAUCGCAGCCCAAGAUUUGGAAAUUCCACAGGAGCCAGAUAAAGUUGCUGUGGAACUAGUAGAUGGGGAAGAGGUUCCUCCAAAACCAAGCUUGCCACCUGAGGCAGCACAGGAAGGUGACUUGCAUCUUUUGUGGGAAGCUUUAGCUAAGAAACGUAGAAUGAGUCGAGAGCCAACACUUGAUUCCAUCAGUGAAGUACCAGAAGAAGAUGACAAAGCUCAGAAGCACCGGCUACAAAAAGCUAUGGAAUUGGAAGAUUUAUCUACAGAUGAAAUGUCCAGAACAUGUGAUUCUUACACAAGUUCUGAUGAUGAGUCAAGAUCUGGUACCCCAUCCCUUGUUCAUUAUCUGAAAAAGGCAGGAAAGUCAACUGUAGCUGGGCAAGUGCAAACUAUAUCCACAAACAAGUUUUGGAAACACUGGGAGACUUCAAACAUUGAACCUGAUCAAUUGCAAGAUACAAAAGAAGACCCAUCUCUCGUUGAAGCUGCUACAAAAAUCCAGGCUGCAUUUAAAGGUUAUAAAACCAGGAAGGAACUUAAACAGCAAGUCACACCUGUGUUUAUUGAAGUUUUUAAAUCUCAGAUAAGUAAGUUUGGGCAAACUGUCCAUCUUGAGUGUGUAGCCCAGAGUAAAUCUGAAAUCAAGGUACGUUGGCUCAAAGAUGGAGCAGAAAUUGUUGAUGGAAGGCAUUAUCACAUUGAUAAUUACAGUGAUGGAACUUGCUCCUUAAUUAUAACUGGCAUGGAACAAAAAGACACUGGAACAUAUACUUGUGAGGUGUCUAACAAGUUUGGUGCAACUUCUCAUAGUGGAAAAGUUACAAUCGCGAGUGAUGCAAAGGAAACAGUUAAGAAGGUCAAACAGGGUAUUGGUAUAAAGUACGGCACUGACAGUGAGCCAGAAAGUUCUUCAGGAAGUGAGGUUGAUGAUGCUUUCCGUAGAGCAGGCAAACGACUCCAUAGACUUGUGCAUUCAAAACUGUCUUUUGAAAUUUCUGAUGUGGAAGAAGAGUUUUUCUUUAGUGCGGAUGAGGGAGAUGAAGAUAUUUUGGACAAACAGAUUUACCACGAAGAUGAAAAUUACAUUUAUAUAAAGUUUGAUUCAUUAACUGAGGCUGAAAUGGCAGCAACCAGAUUUAGAGAAAUAUUUAUUGGUCAAGGAAUUCCUGUUCACAUUGAUAUCUGUGAGGAAGGAAGCAGAGUUGAGAUUCGGAUUAAGAAGGUAUCUCGACCCACUGCAGCAUCUAUUGACGAUCAGACCAAUAUAGAAGAGGGGGUACAUACUAUUCUUGUUGAGUCUGCACCCCAUGUUGUGUCUGAACUUCAGAACCAGGAUGUUCAAGAAGGCUACCCUGUCAGUUUUGAUUGUAUGGUAGCUGGAUAUCCACCUCCAGCAGUUCGAUGGUUUAAAGAUGGAAAGCUGAUUGAGGAGAAUGAUCACUACAUGAUUAAUGAAGAUCAAGAUGGAUGCCAUCAACUUAUUUUAACAUCAGUGAAUCUGACUGAUAUGGGAGUUUAUAGAUGUGUGGCAGAAAACUACAUUGGCGUUGCUUCAACAAAGGCAGAGUUAAGGGUUGAUGUUAGCAGCUCUGACUAUGAUACAGCAGAAGCCACUGAAACAUCAUCUUAUGUCAGUGCCCAAGCUUCUCUAACCCGAGAGCAGAAUUUGGAAGGUAUAGAAUCACAGGCUGAAGAAGAACAACUGCCUCAGAUCAUAGAGGAGCUUCAUGAUGCCUUUAUUACUGCUGGGGCUCCAAUAGUAAAACUACAAAUUAAAGUUAAAGGUUACCCAUACCCUCGUGUUUAUUGGUUUAAAAAUGGUAAACCUUUGCGUGCCACUGAUGAAAUUCUGAUGACGGACAAUAAAGGAGAUCAUUCUCUAGAAAUUCUCAAUGUUUCCAAAGAAGCUGGUGGUGAAUAUGCAGCUUAUAUCAGCAAUUCAUCAGGCUCUGCCUAUACAUCUGCUGUUGUACACAUUCAAAGUAAGCGGAACUUUCUUGAUUCCAGUUUUUCUUCACUGAAAAAUUGCAGGAAAACGCCAGAGAAGUUGGUUCCACCAAGAUUUCUGGAAAAGUUCACAAGUAAGAAUGUAAAGAAAGGAGCCAGCAUUACCUUAACUGUCAGGGUUCAAGGAUCUCCAAUGCCUGAUAUAACAUGGCUUAAAGAGGAGUCAGUGGAAGAUGUUAUCUGGAUUAAAAAAGAUACACCGGGUUAUAAAUUGGCCAGCUCAAAUAUGCAACAUAGUUUGAUUCUGUUGGAUGUUGGGAAGGAAUACACUGGAGUCUAUACCUGUAUUGCUACAAACAAGGCUGGCCAGUCCAUCUGCUCUGCCCACUUGGAUGUUGUCGAUGUGCAAGAAGUUGAAGCUCCAACUGAAGAAACCACAACUGUGAAAGAAGCUAUUAUGCAAACAUUUUUGCAUGGGGUAGUCAUGAACAUAAAAUACGGCAGUUUGGACCAGAUCUUGAAAUUGUAUACUUUGCUACGACUGAGCGACAGUGUCCUUACAGAAGUCAGCAGAGAAGCUUCUGCAACCACAACUUUACCACAUUUUUCAUUGGCAGAUGUUGGAACAGAAGAAUUCCUACAAAAAUUAACAUCUCAGAUCACACAAAUGGUCUCUGCAAAGAUCACCCAAGCUUCACUUCGUGUUCCUGGAGCAGAAAGUGAUGAGGAAGCAAAGACUCCAUCUCCAUCUCCACGUCAUGGUAGAUCCAGGCCAUCUUCUAUUGUCAAUGAAUCUUCCUCUGAAUCUGAAGAUGCAGAAACAAGAGGCGAGGUUUUUGACAUUUAUGUGGCUACAGCAGACUACAACCCACCACCAUCUGAGAAAGAGUCCAUCCAUCUUAAAGAGCGGCAAUAUGUGGAGGUCCUUGACUCUGCACAUCCACUGAAAUGGCUGGUUAGGACCAAGCCUACCAAAUCAACACCUCCCCGACAAGGUUGGGUAUCGCCAGCCUAUCUGGAUAAAAGACUAAAGUUCUCAGCUGAAGUUGCAUUGGAAAGCCCUGAAAUCCCUGGUGAGAUUGAAUCAGAAGAGGAAUACAGAAGGAAGUUAUACCUCCUUGUGCAGGAUCUUAUUGCAACUGAAAAAGAGUUUACGAGAAAUUUACAAUUCUUUGUCGACCAUUAUGUGAAACACACCAAAACAAGUGCCCACGUACCACCCUCGGUAGCAAAUAGCAAAGAAAAGAUUUUCCGAAAUAUUAAUGAGAUUGCUGAUUUUCACAUCAGCACAUUCCUGAAUGAUCUUUUGAAAUGUCAGACGGAUGAUGAUAUUGCGUUAUGCUUCAUCAAGAACAGUGAUGGAUUUGAUAAAUACAUGCAUUACUUAGUUGGACAAGUACAGGCUGAAUCUCAUAUUACUAACCCAGCUGUCCAAGACUUUUAUAAUAAAUACACAGAUGAAAUAUCAUCAACAGAGGACCCUUCAGAACCCCCAGUGCUACCUAUUCAUGCUUACCUAGAGAAACCUCCCAACAGGCUGUUGAAAUAUCAAAAUUUUCUCAAGGAGCUAAUUCGUAACAAAGCAAGAAACAAUAAAAACUGUGCUUUGUUAGAAGAAGCAUAUGCUGUAGUGUCUGCUCUUCCCAAGCGUGCAGACAACAGCCUACAUGUUUCAAUGAUUGAAAACUAUCCGGGCACUUUGGAAUCUCUUGGUGAUCCCAUCAGAAAGGGACAUUUUAUUGUGUGGGAGGGAGCUCCCGGUGCAAGACUGUCAUGGAAGGGUCACAAACGUGUUGUUUUUCUCUUCAAAAACCAUUUACUGAUCUGCAAACCAAAAAGAGAUAGCAGGACAGACUCACAAUGUUACAUCUUUAAAAAUCUGAUGAAGCUCACUAACAUUGAUGUGAAUGACUUUGUGGAAGGCGAUGAACGAUCCUUUGAAAUCUGGCAUGAGCGAGAGGAUUCAGUGCGUAAAUACACGCUUCAAGCUCGAACUGUGAAUAUAAAGAUUUCAUGGGUAAAAGACAUUACUGGCAUACAACAGUGCUUCAGUCUACCCGCUUGGAAUCCCCCAGAAUUUGUAGAGAAACUGGCAGAUUGUACAGCUGAAAUGGGACAGACUGUGAAGUUGGCAUGCCUGGUUAUCGGAAAUCCAAAACCGGUUGUCACAUGGUAUAAAGAUGGAAAGCUUGUGGAGGUUGAUCCACAUCACAUUAUUAUUGAGGAUGAGGAUGGUUCCUGUACGCUGAUCUUGGACACUCUCACUGCUGCCGACUCAGGACAGUAUAUGUGCUACGCAGCUAGUGCUGCAGGCAAUGCCAAUACACUUGGGAAGAUUAUUGUACAAGUGCCUCCAAGGUUUGUAAGCCACCUUAGAAACAUCCCAUUUGUAGAGAAUGAAGAUACACAGUUUGUGUGCACUAUUGAAGCUGCACCAACCCCACAGAUAAGAUGGAGUAUUGAUGGUUCGCCAUUAACAAAUAAAACAAAAUACCAGACUUUCUAUGAUCCGCAGUUUGGAGUUGCAGUGCUGGCCAUCAAAAACACAGAAAAGAAUGACCUUGGAGUCUACGAAUGUGAGGUUACCAAUAAGCUGGGUACAGCCAGAGAUGUAGCAGAGCUGUAUCUUCAGGCUCCUGUUCUGAUUCCAGAAAAGAGAGGAGACCAAGUUGUCAUGAUUGAAGUCACUGAACAAGAGACUAAAGUUCCCAAGAAAACCAUCAUCAUCGAGGAGACUAUAACAACAGUAGUCAAGAGCCCAAAGGUUAAACGGCGCACAUCUUCAAGUAUCUCUCCUGCAAGAUCACCAAGACCACAGGAAACAAUACCAGAAACAUCUUUCUCAACUAGACCCAAGAGGCCAGCUCCCAAAACUCAGCCUGAACCCAAAGAAACACCCAUGAAAAAGCCACCCAUACCUGCACUUAUGAUAACAGAACCAGAAGAACAAGGUGCAACUGCAAGGCAUAUUUUUGUAGAAACUAAGGAACAAGAACAAAAACCAAGCUGGAUAGAAGUUGAAGAAGUAAUUGAAUUCAAAGUUAAGCAAAGUUCGAAACCUGAGAGGAAAAGAUCAGCUUCCCCUUCGACCCUCACCUUAUCUGAGCAAAGACAGGUCAGACAUAGAUCUUCAAGCCCAAGAUCUAAGCAAACUCUGAGGGCUGACCCUAACAUAAACAACUCAAACAAUAAUCUAGUGGAACAAAUGCGAUCUUCAGUUUCAGAAGAAAAUCUAACAAAAGUAGGUGUUCAGUCUCUUAUCUGCAAUCCUGAGACUCCCACAGAAAUUGAACCUACCACAUCAGAUGACGUUAAUCCUGACUGUAUAUCAGACUACUUUAUGGAUGAUUCUUAUAAAGUAUCUGCUGAUACUGUGAAUGAAUGCAAUAUUAAACCAAACAUAACUGAAGAUCAGUACAAAUCUAAUGCACAACUGCUGGAAGUAGAAACACCACUUGUUGCACAUGUAGGUGAAACUGUAAUGUUAAGUUUUGAAACUCCUGAACCCAUGGAUGAUGAACAGCUAACACUCAGAAAUCUAUCUGAUGUUAAAACAGAACCUACUUUGGCCAUUGUGGAUCUUCCAUUUGAUAUUUCUGGUGAUGAAAUGAAGGAAUUCAAGCUUGAACAUGAAGAAGAAAUAGACACAGAAGGUGAAUCUGUCAUUAUUGAUGAACCCCCUGAGCCCGGCAGUGAUGAUCUAGUAAACAGGGACACUAAAAUUUUGACAUAUAAUGGCAAGUUAUUAACUUUGGAAGACCUUGAAGACUACAUUCCUGCCCAAGGAGAAACCUACAAAUCUGAGGAUUCAGUUGACCAAGAUUUUUCGUCAGCCGCUUGUUCCAAUGAGCCGUGUGAAAUUUCUGUUCUACACGCAGAAAUAAACAAACCUACAAUUGGCAAACCAGUUUUACUUAAUGUUGGGAGACCAGUUGUAACUAAGAGGAAACCAAGUUAUUUGCAUCAGUUUGGAGAUCAGCGACCUGGAGGCAUGUUCAUGCCAACAUCUCGGGUAACGGAAAUGCAUUCAAUGCGGCCAUCAAAUUUAUCAGUACAUGUCAGUGGAGCAUGUGCUGAAUCAGUUACUCACUCCUCAACAGCAAUGGAGAAGAAACCACCAUUUGAAUUAAAAACAAGUUUUUGUACUGAAGUGCAAUGUUCUGUGGAUAGUCGUCAACCAAGCUAUAAAACUGAAGUUUCUACAAGAACACUUAACUACGGAGAAACUGUUACUUUACACAUCAAUAAGAAAGACCCAAUAGAAGACACCAACAAGAGCAGCCAUGAUAAACUUAAAAAAUAA